GUUUUUUUUUUUUUGUAAAUCACACUACACUAUUUUAAAAUCUCUCGAAUAAUUGAUCGAAGGGCAUCAUGGAUCUAUCACGGUAUACAUUUAUGGUCUUAGUUUUGGUCCUGCUGAUACACAUAAGGAACGCGAGGUCCGCGGACGAUGAUGUACUAUUGGAAUGCCAAUUAAUGCUGUAUGCCAACUCGGAGGUAACAUUCGGUGUGGAGACCAAGCUGUUGAUCACGCUGGCUGAAUAUCCGAAAACUACGGUUGUACUGCGCGUCAGCACGGCCAGGUACUUGGUGGCCUAUUGGGAAAUCGGGCGUGGAGCUAAGCCAAUGCGACCUAGUUUCACUUAUUCACGGAAAAUUGGCAACGAUCUGAAGCGGCGCAAGAUUGAGCCAAGCGUUCCUGUAAGCUACCAAACGGGCUUCUAUGCGGAAUUAAAGGCAACUUUCUAUGAGUCGGCGAAUACAACACUGAAACUGGAAGGCACUGCGCCAUUAAAAAAACAUGUUGAACCAGUUCAGGUGGUUGUAUCGGUGUCAAUAAAUACGUUUUCCAAUUGCACACCGGUGCUGAGUGUGAUGCACUGUUCAAAUCCCGAUUUUCCACAGCAGGUAAUUAUUACCCGCAGUAUCUUAUUUCGGGCAUUUUUCUUUAGAAGCUGCGGCCUGUCGGAUCCGAUUCUUACAUGGAGCGUUAUGGAUGUGCUUGGGAAGGAAACGUUGAAAAGCUAUCCCGGUGAAGAUAUGGCGUUUAAUUUAAAGAGCUACGAGCUGCGUUAUCCAAUGCAAUUUGAGCUAUGGCAAAAUCUCUACAUGCUCUAUGUUGAGGGCAUUUUUAACGGCGAAAAAUUCGGGGCACGCUGCUACCUGAAGACGCAGCAGGAAAAAUUGGAGGUGAUCAUCAGUGGUGGCACCAAUAGGGAAGCCUUCAGGGGCAGUAAAAUAACCUUGGACGGCUCGCUGAGCCGCGAUUACUCCAAACGGCCGAAAGAAACACAAUUUAAGGUUUAUAACUGGGACUGUUUCUCAUAUGAUGAUUAUUACAAUACGGCCUGCCGCCCAGAUGUCUCUAGAGUCAAGAAAUUUGGAAUAGCCGCCUACUCAUUUACGUUUGGAUGUCGCUAUAUAUUUACUUUAAAAGUGGCGUCCGAUUAUGAUCCCGGUCUCAAAGCGCAAGCGACGCAGACAAUCACAGCUGUGGAUACUGAAAGUUUGCAUAUUGUGAUUGUAUGCAUUUCAAACUGCUAUCAUAAUAUGUACAAUCCGAUGAACAAGGUGCUGCUUGGGGGCAAGUGCUUAAACUGUCAGAAUGCGCAGACCAGUUAUGAUUGGUAUUUGGACGAUCAAAAGUUGCACACCUCUAAAAAACUAUCCAUGAUUAUAACCACGGACAAGACGAUAGCGUCCCUCAAGUUGGUUGUCCGCACAAAUGAUGGCCGCAGCGGCAGAGAAGUGAAGAGUCUAACUCAGAACAUCCCGCCCCUAGGCGGAACGUGCUCAGUAACUCCGUUUAAAGGCAUUGAGGCUAUCACACAAUUCUUGGUAUGCUGCAUUAGCUUCCAGGCCCGCAACAAUCCCAUCGAGUUUUUUUACUAUGCGGAACGGGUACUGCUCAACAGAUGCCAAGACUGCAGCUGCUCAAUUCAUCUGCCGCAUAAUUUGAAUUUCAUCAAGGUACUCAUCUGUGACAGCUUGUUCACGUGCGUUAGAAGGAUGGUGCGAGUGACGGUAACUCCAUUGAUGCACGCGCCCGUAGACUCACCAGAAGCUUUGAGGAUCUUCAUCACAAAACCACCCAACGAUGUCGUGAAUCUGGCCAACCAAGGGCACAUGUUGCGCUUCCUCCAGACCAUACAAUCGCUGGCCGCAGGCGUUACAAACGCCGAGAGCGCCAUGAUUUUGAUCGAUGCCUUUAAUAAUAUUAAUCUGGAGUCACUCGCUGCGCUUGGCAAGUUGGCUAAUCUGACGCAUACAUUGGCCGUUCAGUUGACGCCGAUCGAUGAAAAUGAACAGGUUGUUUUGAUUCGCUCGCUAACCAUACUGAACAAGAUCUUUCAGUCUGUGCACAACAACGACAUGAACCGGAUGCUCGUCGAGGAGCCGUUUGUUAAUGUGACGGUAGCCUGUGUCACGGUCUACAACAUUAUGAAUCGUCUCAACAGCCAAAUCUCACGUCCACCGCAAGACAUUUACGACAGAUACUUCGCAGCUCUCAAAAAACAUAAGCUCCAACAAUCGGUCGUUGAUAGGCUAAUGGCAAUCGUCGCUGGCUACAAUAAUGAGGACGCCAAAGAACGUUCAAUGACCUGGUUGAACUCAAUGUGGGAAACGGAGCGUCUAUAUCGCUUCCUGUUCUUUGCCCGCAAGCAUGGCAUGCAGCCGGAUUUUGGCGGCACCAACGUUGACGGCUUGUCCCUAGAGGUUAAAUGCUUCAACAUAACACCUGGUCGCACCUACACGAUCGAGACGACCGACCACAUGCAUAAGGUAUAUUUCUCGCCGGAGCUACUGCAGGAAGUGAAGAAGCCGCACAAGAAUGAGAUUUGCAUCAAAGUCAUCUCGACAAUACGCGAGCUCAACUGGUGGUAUCCUGAGGAGAAGCAGCCCAGCUCGGUACUGCUCUCGGUGCGCAUUUAUCAUGAUAGGGACGACUUCAAGGUGGAGCGUCUAUUGCACCACAGCAAGUUGAGCUUCAGAACCAUAAUUGGCAAAUACAAGCCAGCCAUGGAUCGUCCUAAUGUGGUCGCUGGAAAAAAACCAGUAGCCAGUAGAACCAUUGGAACAGCUCGAUUCCGGCCCAAAGCGAUCGAUGAGGAUGAGACCGAGGAUUUUAUCGCGGAAACUGGAAAGUACAUGAAUUGCAUCACGCAUGGAAAGUUGGAAAGCAUGCAGAAGGUGCUCAUUUAUCGCGUCAAUGUGGAUGAGACGUCGAUGGUUGCGGUACGCUUUACGCAAACCACACACAAGCUGCAAGUGCUCCUAAUCUUUGGAGACCUACCGAAACGGCUGAGGGAGUCCAUUGCCAAGUCCGGUUGCAUUGUUCCAGCCAAUUCGCAAAAUUCGACAAUGCUGUUGCGCAACAAUUGCAUGAAAUCGCAUCGUGUUUAUGUAGCGAUACAGGUCUAUGGGAGCUCCGAAUACGAGGCCAAGUUUAGUACUCCAGUGCCAGGCGGACCGGCGUUCUUUUCGUUUGUGUUUCAGCUGCGCAGCUGUGAUUAUUGGAUUUACAGUUUGCCCGGAGACUCGCAGCGUUGGGGGCACACUUACUGCCAGCCCGGAAUGGAGUAUCCAAAGAAGGGCUCCAUGAACUGUAUGUGCACCGUGUUGGGCACCUAUACCAGCUAUGUGUACCAUGUGCCGGCCAUAGCUGUGCCCUCAACUGGUUAUUUGCCCGUCGAGACCCAUUGGUACAUUGUCGUCGGCUACUUUUUAUUGUUUGUAGGGUUGACCCUUUGGUUGGCAGUAUUGUUCUUGUAUCAUAACAAGCGACCCAGCAAGACGGUUGUUUGCGAUAUGACCGGCCUGGAGGAUGAGGCCCAUCGGGAUGUGCACGACGUGUUGGUCUUUCUGAAAACUGGUGGCCGCACUAAUGCACUGACAACGGCCACGAUACGACUGAUCUUUCAGACUACAAAUCGCAAUGAGCUGCAGUUCACGCUGAUGCAGGAUCCGGAACAUCCUGAGCUGACACGCAAUUCCACCUACAUACUCUGGCUGCGGACGCGAGACAUACGCAUACCGACACGAGUUGCUGUUGUCCACAACAAUGGUGGACGGUAUCCCAGCUGGUUCUUGCGAAGAAUCGAGGUGAUGGACGUGCAGGCACAGCUAACGCAGGUGUUUAUUGUCCAGCGCUGGGUGCACCAAAAGUUCUUAAUUCUCAGCUCCUCAAUGGUGCUCCGUCCGGGCGAUGGCAUGAUUACGGAAUCUUGGCGCGAACGAUUCAAUACUGAAUUCGAGCGCCAGUGGAUCAACUGGGGCCUGUGGCAGCCAGUCACGGGCAACUGGCGGGAAAGCGCCGCUUUCGACAGCUUGACCCGGGCGGAGCGCGUUUGCAUAUUUCUCAAUAAAAUGAUGGUUACUUAUUGCGUAUGCGCCUGCUAUAUGGGACCCACAACUCCAGAGACUGUGUAUGGGGAUCGAAGGAAUCUGAUUCAAUAUCGCGAUUUUUUGCCUAUGUUCCUUAUUUGCAGUGUCUUAACCAAUGUAGUUCAUUAUGUGUUAGAGAAACUUGUUUUAAGAAAACAUAAAAAUUCAAUGUUAGAUUAGAAAGAAUAAAAGGAUUACGAAAACAAUUUUGACAAUUAAAAU